CAUCGAUAUCGUUUAAACAUGGAUUAACGGAGAAUUGCAAGAAAAAACUAAGAGUUAUACACUACAGGAACUGCACAGGAACGAGGAACUGCAAAGGAACAAGAAAAAGACACAUAUUAGUGAUAUUACGAGUGUGGUUUCUUUAGUGAAGCCGGGGGUAUCCUGCAUCCCCCAAGAUGUCCGAUACAGAUUCAGAAUACGAAUCCAGUGACAACGAGUUGAUUGAGCCUUUAUUGCGUGAAAACAAAAGAUUGAGAUGGACUUUGGCGAAAUAUCAGAAGAAAAACUCGCUGCUUAAAGAUGUCUUGUCUGAUAAAGAUAUUAAGAUAUCUGAGCUUCAAAAACGCGAUGAGGAGAGGGACGAGUUGGUAUCGAGGCAGGAAGAUACCAUACGGAACCUCAUCCGACAGAUGAACGAACAAACGGCCGAGCUGAAUUUCCUGUCUGCCAAGUUGAAGGACGCUUCAAACGAGAGCGGUGGCGACGUGAAACCCGCGCAUGACGUCAUAUCCCCGCGGGACACGGAAUUGCAGUCCCUCAAGGCGACGAUUGAUAUCCAAAGCAGAAGAAAUAAUGAACUGAGUGACGAGUUACAGCAGGAGAGGAAAAAACGAGAAAAAUUGGAAACGGACAUCGACAUGUGGAGGUUCAACCUUGGAGAAUGCGAACGAGAGUUGGAACAGCUUAAAGAACAGAAAGAGAAACUAAAGCAGGACUACCAGCGAAUGAAGAGAGACGCUGACGUGAGCAAGCGACUCCUUUCUGAUGUGAAGUUACAGUUGAAAAACGUGAAAAGCGAACAGGAACUGGCUCGGAUUAAAGCAGAAGAACAAAAGAAGGAAGCAGUUGAUGUCAAAUCCCAGUUCGAUAAAGAGAGAAAAAACGCAAACAAGUUUAAGGAAGAUCAUGAUAAAAUGAAAGAGAAAUUUGAUGAAUAUCGCAGAGGGUACGAUGAAAUCAAGGUGAAACACGACCAAGUGAAACGGGAGUUGGGAGAGACGAAAGAGGAAUUGCGCGUCAAGACUCAUCAAUAUUCACGCCAGAACAGACAUUUCAAAGACCUGGAAAGAAAAUAUCGUGAACUGACCGAGAUGCACAACAGACUGAAAGAUAGAAUGGAUGAAAAAGAAAAUGAGCUGAUAGAGAAAGACAAGGUGCUGAAGGAAUUCCAAGAGAAAGUUUGGUUGAAGGACAAAGUCAUGAACGAUUUUAAAGUAAACGCAGAGGAAGCAAUCGAGCGAGCUGCGGAGUUGGACAGAAGCCUGGAGGAGAAGACUGAAGACGCGCAGAGCCAGGGCGAAAGGAUUGAUGGCUUGAAACGGCUUGUUGCUGAAAUGAAAGCUGAAUUGGCUAAAGCCAAUACGGAUGAGCUUCGCAGAGAACUGGAGGCGAGGGACGCCAAAAUAAGAGAGUUGGGAGGUGAAUUAAAUCUGGCUAAGAAUAAAUUGGAAAGAAGAGAAGAGGAACUGCAAUAUCUGAAAAAAGCGAGCGAAGAUCUUCAGUUUAUAGCCAAUAGCUUAGAAGAGAAGGAAUACGAGGUUACCAAACUGGAAGCUUUGAACAGCGAUCUGCGAACCCAGAUUGCUUUCAAAGACGAUCAGUUGGCAAGUCUUCAGAAAGCCGUUGAAGAACACAAAAUUCUCCUUGAAUCCCAAAUGUAUGACCUGGAAUCUUACGUGCGUCAAGUGGGCGAAAAAAACAAGCUGGUACAAGACCUUAAGGAUGAGAUUGAUAGCCAUUGCAAGACCAUUGAUCAGAAAGACAAGGAAAUUAAACGACACAAGCGAGAGAAAGAUGACGUACGGAAGGAGGUUGAAUGGAAAGAGAAGAAGGUGCAGGGUGUUGAAGAAGACAUCUCUUUGCAACGAAAACAGUUGGAUUUGAUGGAAAACGAAAUGAAAAGACGUGAGAACGAGGUUGAAGAACGCGAAAGCGAAAUUCUGAUGGAACUUACGGCAAUGAAAGAGAAAAUGGUAGAGAAAGAUGCGAAGAUUGAGAGUCUCAAUUCGGAUUUGAUGGAGGUCAAAGAAUACAUCGAAGAGGAAGCCAAGCUAGUGGCAGAGAAGGACAAAGAAAUGGAGGACCUCAAAGACGAACUAAAACGAGAGAAGCAUGUAAACAAAACAAACGAUCCCAAAAGCAUUCGCGAGAUGGCUCGUAAACACCACCAGGCCGACCUCAUGAAGGAGAAACGACGCCACGAACAGGAGAGCAAAAAAUUGAAGCAGAGAAUACUCGAACUGGAAGAGAAUUUGAAAGAUGAGAGAUCUCAGAAAGAAGGAGAGAGGAAGGAGAACGAAGCUCGUAUUAACAAGCUCGUUGAAGAAAAAGAAAUGCUCGAUGGAGCGGUUAAGGAGCUGAGUGGAAAGCUGGAAUCGCAGAAGAAGGCAAGGUUGAAUGACAAGAAAUUGAGCGAAGACAUUGAGCAGAAAUUUUGGAGCGAAGAGGAACGAUACGUUGAGGAAAUUCGCGCCAUCGAAUUGUCGCGCGAGAAGAUGAAACACGAAAAUGAAAGUUUGAAGGAAGAUCUGGAAGUUUUAGAAGGUGUGAGAGAAAAUCUUGAGGAAAAGACAAGACAGGUGGAAGAUCUCAAGGUGGAACUGGAUGAAGUUUUGCAAGCAAAAAAGGAAGAAAAAGAUAUGAUGAGAAAACUAAUAUCUGAAGGCGAGGAGGUCAUAGCCAUGUACAAGAAUGAGGUGCAACAACUCAAGGGCAAACUAAUAAACGAGCCUGCGAUUGAUAGCCAACAUGGGGUGAACGGUAGUGUGGAGGAAAUGCGUCGUCUCAUUGAACUAGAAUACAACAUUGGCAGAGAAGAAAAGAACGUUGAAAAUGACCACGAAAUUGAGGCGGAAUAUCUAAAACUUAUGCAAGGAACAAGCACGCAGCCCAAGGAAGCGAUUUUCGGUAGAAGUACCAACAAGAAGCAGACGAAACAGGACAAUAUUUGGACCUAUAGUUGGUUAUCAUUGGUGUUAAUUCUUGUCUCAGUUCCAGUACUUUUCGCCCAAUUCCCAACUCAUGUAGUUAUGACAUGCGUCCUAUUAUACCUAUCCACCUUGGGGUACCUGGUGUGGAAGGAAACAGCGGGGUGCAGGAAGCUCCUGAAACCGGGAGAAGCGAACGAAACAUUGUCGAAGGCGGUCAGUGAUAUUUACGAAGAGAAUCAAAGCUUGAGAAAAACUGUCGAACAAUUGAUCGUUCGGGUUGCAUCGGAAACCGUCGAGAAAAACGAGCUGGCAAAAAGAACUGGAGGGAAUGGAGAAGGGUCUGAAACGGGUGCGGUUGACGGCCAGGGACGAGAUUCUGUGACUGCGAAGGAUAUGGGGCGAGAAUUGGCAGAAAAGUCUAAAACGAUUGACACCUUAAAAGAAAUGCGGAGAAAGUUGACCGAGGAGGGGAAACAACUAAAGGCAAGGUUAAGAGCGAACGAAGGAGUUUUACAACAGAAAGAUAAAGUUAUCAAGAAACUGGAGCAGAAACUGCGUGAUUUGAUGGACGGGGAAGGUGUCGAUUUAUCCACGGAAAAGAUUGUGCAAGAAAUCCGUCAAGAUGACGAACAAAAAGACGCGAAAAAAAGAGAAGCACUCGAACGGUUCCAGCAACUGACGGCUUCUGUGAUGAAAAAUGCAAAAGAUGAGAGAACCUUAGGAGCAAUGUUUGCUGUGCUUGUUGUUGUAGGAGUUGUGUUUCUAGCUGUAUGUAAGAGCUCGUUGCUGUUCAGUUCAAGUUUCCUUGCCUUGCUGUGUGUAGUUAUAUUAUUGGUGUCUUGGUUUAUUAUGAAAUCGCGCGAUGAGGUGGCAAAACUGGCGGAGGAGUUGAACGUGGAGGCGGAACGAAGUCUUGAAAGCAGCAAAGAAAUACAAGAAUUGUCAACACUGGUGGAGAAACACUUGGAAGUGGUGACGAAGCAGAAACGGGCAAUAUCUGCUCUCGAGAGACAACUUAAAGUCGAAUAUGGAAGAAACGAGAAUCAGAAACUAAUCAUCGCUAAGCUCACAUGGACCAUUCAGGAAGGAAAAGAUAUCGAAAACUUGCUGGGAAGAUCAGGUUCUUAUCGCGGCCAAGACAAGAAGGCAUUGGAGCAAGCCUUGAAAACCAUGGCAGAAAAUCACGUCAAGGAAAAGAUUGAUCUGUUCAAAACCAUGCGCGCACAUCUUGCCGAAGAUGACGUGGAUAACGAGGAGAAAAGAUGGAUCUUACAAGAUCUGAAACAGGCGACCAGGGAUAUCACUAAGUCACUCCCAAGUGUCCCUCAGAAAGUGGGCGAAUGUACGAUCAAGGAGUUGAAGCAAUUCUGGAAAAUUGGUGCAGUAUUUUUGAGUUGCUUUUUGGCUUUCCUGUGGCUAUUCUACGCAGAAUAUUUUGGCAUGUCUCUAAUGCCUCUGAUUGGCUGCGCUACUUUUGUCGUGUUAAAGAAGACUGGUACGGAAAGUAAUAGAAGAUGCGAUACAUCGAUAAGGUGUCUCAUUAUGGAUAUACUAUUCGUGUGUAUCGCCAUAUCAACCGUCAGUUUAGUGCAUAGCAACGGCUUACUAAAGGAGAUGGCGUUCAUCACCGUCCUAGCAACGGCUGGAGUAAGAGUCUUGUUUAAAAAACUGGUAACGAGUGAUGAGUCGGCGUUGAGUCUGCAGAAAUCUCAAGAAAUUGAGGACUUGCAAGAGAGGGUUGGGGAAGAGGUGAGGAGACAGCAGAGGAUGACCGAGCAGAUGGAAACUUGGAAACGACUGUUGGAGGUUGAGAGGUCGUACAAUAAAGAAUCAGAUGAUGUCAUCACUGAAGUCAGAGAGCUGGAACAAAGAGCGCAACGUGAGGUGAGAAGGGAAAUCGAGAGACUGCGGAAAGAAAAACGCGAGCGUUUAGAACACGUCGACGAAUUGGAAAGGGAAUUGAAGAAAUCCACGACUCACUGUUCCAAGCAACGACGACAGAUGGAGGAAUUGAAUAGGGUGAUCAAGGAGCUGGAGAAAAGGCAGAAGCAAGGAUCAAGGGAAAUUGAUGUUCUCAAGGAGCUAAAUAAAUACGAGAAAGAGGAACUGAGUGUUGCUCUGGAGGAAGAGAAGAAAUCUCGCGAGGAGAUUAUGAGGAAUGUGGAGAAGGAGAAACAGCAAGUCAAACACGAGACGACUUCGAAGAUGAAUCAAGAGAGAAAGGAACUGACUGAGAAGGUCAAGGAACUUGAACAAAAGCUAGGCGACGAAAGAAAGGUAGCCAAAGAUUUUCUGGAACAGGUCGACUCCGAACUCGCCAAAAACGAAAAGAUGAAUAGUGAAAUAACCGAGAUGAAGUCACAAAUAGAACAUGAGAGAGGAACAAGGGAAGAUCUUAGAAAACGUUUCCAGGAAAUCAACAAAAUACGGCAAGACAGAGAGAAGGUUUUAUUAGAUCAAAUCGAUGACCUGCAAAAUCAGCUCGCAAAGCAGAAGGCAACCUUGGAAACGGUCACUCGAGAACUGGAGGACAAUGUCGACAGUUCCAAGAAAGAGAAAUCCCAGUCGCUUUACAAUAUCCAGGAGAAGCAAAUCUCAGAACUUCAGCACCGCCUGUCUAUGGCAACUAAAACAAUAGAGGAGCUUCGUCAGCAGGAAAAGAGUACGAUGAAUGAUUUGCAAGACAUGAGGGAUCGUCAGGGUAAAUUGUUGAAAGAUCUGAGCGCGGUGCAGGAAAAAUCAAACCAGGAUCAUAGAACUAUGCAACGGAAACAAAAGGAGAUUAAAGAGUUGAAAACCUCUGUGGACAAGCUCAGCCGAGAAAACGAAAGACUGAAGACGAAACUGGAUUCUGCGUUGCUCGAGAGCAGCCUGGGAGCUAGGGUUGUGAAAUCCGAGGUGGUACAUGAGGAUAAGGAUGGACGGAGGCAGGGUGUGGAUAGAAGAGGAGAAGAUGAGAAGAAAGAUGAACAACCGAGCAAAAAGGAUGAAGAAACGGUACCAGUGAAUGGGGGACUAGAUACAAGCAGAAGUGAAAACAUUGCCAUUGCUGAGUUGGCAGAAGUGUCGGAAAAUGAAGAUUACAUCGAAGGCAAAGAUACCACUAAACGAGGAGUGCCAGCAGAUUUCGACCACAAGGACACGCAGGGCAUACUAUACUGGCUCGGCACAGGCGGGGGCACGGAAGAAUGGAAAAACCCUGCGGAAUCAGGACUUAUGAAGAUAACCCGUUCCUCAUACGGUCAUGGAAAAGCAUCAGAUGUUGCCGAACGCAAGGGAUCUUGGUGUAGUACAAGUAACAAAACUAACCAGUGGUGGAAAAUUGACUUCGGUGAAAAACGAUCAGUUUUACCAUCAGCGUACACUCUACAGCAUGGUUGGAGUGGAGUAUCCGGUGCACUGAGAAACUGGGUGCUAGAAGGGUCACGUGACGGCAAGGUAUGGCAUAUUCUCGCAAACCACGUGAACGACGAUACGCUGGACAAAGGAUACGCUGCCGCAACCUGGAAGAUCGAUGACGUCAGCACAGCAUACCGCUUUCUGCGUGUACGUCAAACGGGAAAAAACGAGGCAGGAAAGGACUCGUUGAGACUGAGCGGGCUCGAAGUGUAUGGACAACUGGUUUUAAACGAUUAGAUUUUGAAUAAAUUUGAGCGAUAUUACCCGAUGUUGCUCAGACAUUAUAUCAAUAUUCUGCACGCAGUUUCUGCACAAAGUUUCAUCAAACUAUUUAUUAAUUUGAAUUGUCUUUCAAACAUAGUUAUAGUUUUACAAUCAAUUUAUAAAGUUUCCGCGUAAGAGUUGUUAUAUCCAUGCACAGAUUCA